GGUCGCCUGGUGAUAAUUAUUGGUAAAGAUGGCGAAAAACAUGGCAAAGCACGUUGUGGUUGACACUGUGGCUUUCUUCAAAAAUAUUCAGUUGCAGGACAUUGCGGAGAAUGUCUAUACAACCCAAGGAGUGGUGAGGGAGAUUAAAGAUGCUGCAACAAGGCAACGGCUGGCUGUCUUGCCUUAUGACCUCAAGUAUCGUGACCCCUCACCAGAAUGCCUUCAAAUCAUCUCGGAUUUUUCAAAGAAGACCGGGGAUUAUCGCAGUCUGUCGUCUGUAGAUGUCAAGGUCCUAGCGCUGACCUAUCAGUUGACUAAGGAACACUGUGGCACUGAACAUCUCAAGCUGGUCCCUGAAAAGAAGGUGACAUUAACUUGCAACACAAGGCCGCUGGUGAAAGCUACUGACAUUGUGGGUUUUUACCUUCCACCAAAGGAAACCACAAGUCAAACAGGUGAGGAUGAGCAAUCAGCGACCAAAGAAACUGACUCAAGUCUUCCCAAAGACAACAAGGAAGAUGGUGACAUUGAACUCACAAUGAGCAAACUGGCAGUCGAGGCAGAGGAAGAGGAAGAUGGAGACGAAAGGACAGAACUCGAAGCAAAAGAAGACAAUUUAGAAGGGAAGGGACUGAAAGACGCAGAUGAGAUCAAUAUUGACAUUGAUGCUCCCAAGAAUUGUGAGGAGUCAAAGUUAGAUAGUUUGUCAUCAGAAAACAGCAACCAAGCUCAGGAGGAGGCAGUGGCGUCAGAAUCCAUGCUUGAAGACGAAGAGGAGAACAUUGACAACCUCAGCGAUGAGGAUGACAGUAAUGCGGAGGCGGAGGAUGCAGGUAACCAUGGUGAUGGUUUAGAUGGCGAGGAAGGAUGGAUAACACCAGGGAAUAUUAGCAAGAUACGCCAAGGUACGAGGAGUGACCAGGAAACAGCAGACGGUGUUAUCGUCGGCUGUAUGACGGCAGAUUUUGCCAUGCAGAACGUUUUGAUCCAUAUGGGAAUUCCAGUCCUUUCUGUGGAGGGGAUGUUGAUUAAGACAGCCAAGAGCUUUGUGCUAAGAUGCCGCAGCUGCUUUAAACGUACCAACAACAUGACUAAAGUAUUCUGUCCGCACUGUGGCAACAGGACAUUAGACAAAGUCACCGUGACAACUGAGGAAGAUGGCAGCCAACGCAUUCAUCUCUCGCAUCGCAAGGUCAUGAACAAGAGGGGCCUGAAGUACCCACUUCCUAUGCCCAAGGGAGGCAAGCAUGCUGAUAAUCCUGUCUUGGUAGAAGACCAGCCGAUUCCUCAUAAUCGUCUUUCUCGUAAGGCCCAGAUGACUACGGACGUCUUCAACACUGACUUCAUCACCGGCAAUUCUCCAUUCGCUCUGAAAGACACCACCAGCAAGUCGGCCCAACUUGGAGUACGAAGCUUUGAUAGCAAUGCAGCCCAUCAUAGGAGAAACCCCAACCAAGUCAGGCCCAAAAAGGGCCGCAAAAAAUAAACAAAACGAGGACUCUUUAGUAAAACUGAGUCGUGAAGUGUAUGACGUCUCUUUCAAACACACUUUGUUAAUAAUAUAUAAAGUACAUGUACACAUAAUUUAUCUCCAAUCCUUUUCUUUGUUCAGACAGAAAUAACACUGCAGAAGUUGGAACAAAAAAUAUCACACAAGGUAAUAAUAAUAGUGGGUAAUUAUAAAGCGCACGUAUCCACCAGGACUGGUGCUCAAGGCGCUACAUCAUUAUUACCCCUGCUCAUUGGGCCCAUGAAACAUUCCAAAUACCAUCUCAGCUCCCUGAGGAGUAUACAGCUCGAUGCAGCCUGUUAGGCGCAAGGAAGCUAAUUCAAUCACAAUAACCAUCUCUGCCCUCACAGGUACCCAUUUACUCCUGGGUGGAGAGAAGCAUAUACUAAAGUCUAGAAAUUAGUAAAGGUAUACAUGUACUUGAACCACUAAAAAAAACCAAAUUUUGCAAGUAUAAGUUAUAACUGCAUUAAAAUCCUUGCUCUCUUCAAGCCACAAGUAAAUUUUGCAAAUUGAAGGUUUUGGAGAGUGUAGCAAACAAAGUUUAACUUAUGUUUCUUCUUUCCUUGAUAGCCCAGAGUGGGAUAAUCUAAGUGAAGCUUAUGAAUUUUUUCUCACAAUCACUUGGGACAACACUGUAUUUAUAAAAUAUGUUGGCGAAGGGUAUAAAACCCCAGUGUAAAAUCUAAAUUUUCUCAAUAUAUUUCAGCCAAUCUUCUUUACACAUUCAUAAUAGAGUGUGUUGGUGAUUCACCGUGUUAGUUACUUGGAAGUGAACAAUUACAAAUUCGAAAUCAAUGAUGCACCAUGACAAACUUUCUUUUGUUUUAAUUGAAAUUGACUUUUCCGAUGUACAUGUACCAUCAGUCGCGAAUUGGCGAAUAUGAAAAACAUUUCAGUUAUGACAAAUAAAGAACAAUUAUCUGUA